GAAUUUGAUUAUGUUUUCUCAAUUGAUGUCAAUGAAGGUGGACCAUCAUAUAAAUUGCCGUAUAAUAUCACUGAUGAUCCCUGGUUAGCUGCAUACAACUUCUUACAGAAGAAUGAUUUGAAUCCUAUGUUUUUGGAUCAGGUCGCUAAAUUUAUUAUUGAUAACACAAAAGGUCAAAUGUUGGGACUCGGGAACACCAGUUUUUCAGAUCCUUUUACAGGUGGCGGUCGGUAUGUUCCAGGCUCUUCAUCAGGAUCUUCUAACACCCUUCUUGCAGCGGAUCCUUUUACAG